UGCGGCGCUGCGGCACUCGAUAUCGCAGACCGACAGAACGCCCACAGCAUGACACUUGCGGUGCGGGCCAUCGUCGAGCUCUUCCGUUUUGUAAAGCGCGAAGAUGAGGUUAACCGGCAAAUUCUCGCCUUCUUCGUCUCUCACGACCACCAAUCUGUACGGAUCUACGGCCAUUACCCGCAUCUCAAAGCCCAUCGACGUGACCUGCCCAUAAAGGAACUGGUAGUUGUGGAUGAUAGUGAUCUCCAUGGCAGGCGUAAA